ACUUUUUACACUCGUCUGACCGCAGGAAAUGCAGAUAUUUUAUAUAAAUUAUAAGGAUAUAUUUUUGGGUUUGUAAAAUAAUACAAAAUUAUUUCUUGUACUGAAAUAAUUGUUGCCUUUAAUGUGAAAACAAAUAAUUGGUUGAUUCAACCUGCUGUGUAUUUGAUGCUGGCGUCUUCUGUUUCCAUCUAUUUAGUUUGAAAUAAUAUGAAUUUGUACGAAACCAUAAAUAAAAUGCUACAAUUCAAAAUUAAGAUAAUUUUUAACAUUAAAACCAUGUUUAAUCCAGCAUUGGACUCAAACCAUAUUCGAGCCUUUACUGUCGUAAAACGUACACAGCUGCGCAUGCGCGCCUAGAACCGGAUAAACAUAAACGUGCCCGCGUGGUUUUCAAAGAAUCUAAUCAUUUCAAAAUAACUCCAAACAGCCUGAAAUCCACACGAUGAAAGAAACACCGCUGUCCGCCUGCGAGCGGGACUUUAUACUGAAAGCCAUCGAGGAGAAAAAGCGUCUGGACGGACGGCAGACCUACGACUACAGAAAGAUCAAGAUCAGCUUUGGGACGGACUACGGCUGCUGCUUUGUGGAUUUGGGACAAACCAGGGUCAUGGCCCAGGUAUCUUGUGAGCUGGUUGCACCAAAGGAGAGCCGCCCGAAUGAGGGAAUCAUGUUUUUUAACAUCGAGCUGUCACCUCUGGCCUCGCCAGCUUUCGAGCAGGGAAGACAGUCGGAGCUGUCCGUGAAGCUGAACAGACAGUUGGAAAGAUGCCUGAGGAACUCCAAGUGCAUCGACACGGAGUCCCUGUGCGUGGUGUCCGGAGAAAAGGUGUGGCAGAUCAGGGUGGAUGUCCACAUGCUGAACAACGACGGGAACCUGAUGGACGCCUCCAGCAUCGCCGCCAUCGCCGCUCUGUGCCAUUUCAGGCGGCCCGACGUAGCCGUCCAGGGAGAGGAGGUCACGGUGUACAGCCCAGAGGAGAGGGAUCCCAUUCCUCUUAGCAUCUACCACAUGCCCAUUAGUGUCAGCUUCUCCUUCUUCCAACAAGGGACGUAUCUGCUGGUGGACCCGUGUGAGCGGGAAGAGCGCGUGAUGGAUGGGCUGCUGAUGAUCGCCAUGAACAAACACAGAGAGAUCUGUUCCAUCCAGUCCAGCGGGGGCAUCAUGCUGCUGAAGGAGCAGGUCAUGAGGUGCAGUAAAAUAGCCAGUGUCAAGGUGUCUGAAAUCACAGAGCUCAUCAGCAAAGCCCUGAUGAACGACAAGACAGCCCGGAAAGCGGGUGGACGGUGUGGGUUUGCAGAGUCCAUGCCUCAGGAGCGAAUCACGGCUUUAAAAGUAGACGAGACGCCGGUGGAAACGGCUGACGUGACGGAAAAAGCCAGCAGCAUUAUUAAGGAAGCGGAGGCCCCGCCUCCAACAGCCCCAUCGCCAGUGGUGCCCGUCCCAGGGGUUGGACAGGUGGGGCUGGGUCUGCAAAACACCUGGGGGGUGGAGGAGGAGGAGGAGCUUGAGGAGUUCAGCAGCGGAGAUGAUGUAGAAGAAGUGACAAAGAUGGAAGAGGACGAGCGGAAAAACACUAAAGGCGAUGUGGUUGAGAUAUCGGACAGUGAGGAAGAGGAGGUGGUCAUUCUCCAUCCAGAGAAACCUCAAAAAGCAGAGAAUGUAAAGUCCAGCUUUCAUCAGAAGGGGGCGCCAUCAUCAAAGAAAAAAACAAAGCAGAAACCUUGAAUAAAUUAUGUUUUGACUGCAGCUUCUCUAAGAAGAAAAAUAAUAUUGAAAAAUAAAAACUUUGCAGAAAACAUUUGUAAGAAAUUUUUGUUCUUUGGAAAAUGUACUGUGACCAAUAAUAAAAACAUUUCUAUUUACACUG